AUGAGGCCUUUUGGCGAAGCCAAGUCAAUUUCGGGCCACCAAACCCUGCAACUGAGGAAAAGGCCCUAUGGAGUAAAGGGAAGCAUGUACGUUGUCACACUCCCUGCCCUCCAAAGGUGCCUAGAGGACGGGCCAGACGCAGCAGAGCGACGCCCCAGGAGCGGAUUCCCCACGAGCAGGGGGACAGGAGACGGCCAUCUCGAGGCACAUCACGACCUACAGGCAACACCGGCGAGACCCGGGAAGGUAACCCGAUUGGGAGUCAGAGGAUCCAUAGUACCCGCAGCCUCCCGGACUUCAUAUUCAUCAUUUUAUAAAGAAAACAAGCAACGGAUUGAGCAACUAGCGCUAGGCGCAUCCGUUUUCUUGCUGGGUAAGGGAUCUCUUUUCUGCAACGGAAAAAAAUCUGCUCCGCUGAUUUGA